AGAUGUCACUGUCGUUUGUAUCAACUAUCAAUCAAACUUGUAUUUUUUUUUAAACACUCGAGGGAAUAAAUUCAAUUUUUGAUUAGACUUUCCCCCCAAAAUCAAUUAAUUUGUUGUUUAUGCAAAAUGUAACAGGCUCAUAGUUUCUCUUGAUUACGAGGCUGUCACCUUUAGGCAGCAUCAAUUUUUACGAUGAGGUCAAGACUUUUGCACUUCAAUUAGGUUUUCACCUUUUUUCAAGGACGUUGAUCGAACCUUAUUUAACAUAUACAAUGCCCUCCACUUUCUCUUUCAGUGUGGAGCACCUCCCUACAACCGGCUAAACACAUUUUCCUCCCGAAAAAUUGAAUUUCCCUGAUUUUCAUAGUCUCUUUCAAAUCUCUACAGGUCAUUACAUUAAUUACUUUGUUUACAAGGCUGCUUGCCAAGAGGGACUUCUAUAAUUAACUUUUCCCCAGCACCCAAACACCCAACACCCUCAUUUCUAUCUCUAGGUAUUCACUUCUGCCUAGUUUGUUUCAGGUUAGCCACACACAGUGUACGUGUGGCCUUUUCUCUUAAGUGGUCGACCAUUACCCCAUUCUUUUCCUAGCAAGGACAAUUUGUCUGUUUUGCUAACAUUCCUUGUCCAUAACACAGCACUUCUACGAAGAGCGCAAUGCUUUUGUUGCUGCUUAAUAGGCCUGCUCUAGAGGCUUCUCACCGUUUCCACAACCUCCUCAGGAAUGGGGCCUCAUUGGCCAUUACUUCCAGAUCUUACGCUGAUGUCAGGGGAAAGAUCCUGGCAAUCAGGAGAGAGGAUCAGUCAGUGUGGGAGCGAAGGGCUCCACUCUCACCCACCAAUGUUCGCAAGCUAGUCAGGGCAGGAGUGAAGGUUCUUGUUCAACCCUCCAACAGAAGAGCUUACCCCAUGCAGGCUUAUGCAAAUGCAGGGGCAAUCAUCCAGGAAGACAUCGGAGAGGCACCCGUCAUCGUCGGAGUCAAGCAAAUCCCCAUCGACUUUUUACUACCCAACAAGACCUAUUGUUUCUUUUCCCACACAAUCAAGGCUCAGGAAGCCAACAUGCCUUUGCUGGACGCAAUGUUGGAAAAGAAUAUCCGACUGGUUGACUACGAGAAAAUGAUGGAUGCAAACGGCCAGCGUGUUGUGGCUUUUGGCAAGUACGCCGGUGUGGCCGGCAUGAUCAAUAUUCUUCACGGUCUAGGUCUACGACUCUUGGCCCUCGGACACCACACCCCGUUCAUGCAUAUUGGGCCAGCGCACAACUAUCGCAAUUCGGGAAUGGCUCGCCAAGCCGUUCGUGAUGCUGGUUUUGAGAUCGCUAUAGGCAUGUUGCCCAAAUCCAUCGGUCCUUUAACGUUUUGUUUCACUGGAUCGGGCAAUGUCUCGCAAGGCGCUCAAGAAAUCUUCCAGGAUUUGCCGCACGAGUACGUCCCCCCGGACAUGUUGCAAAAGGUGGCCGAUCACGGAGCCACGAACAAAAUUUACGCCUGCGAAGUCAGCCGGCGCGAUCAUCUCAUCCGCAUCAAAGGCGGGCCUUUUGACGCCAAAGAGUACGACGAAUAUCCCAGCCGUUACAUCUCCGUCUUCAGCAAAAAGAUUGCUCCUUACGCUUCGGUUAUAAUCAACGGAAUCUAUUGGGCGCCCAACUCGCCAAAGCUCAUCACCAUUCCGGAUGCCAAAGUACUCAUCCGCUCGGCUCAGAGUCACCUUCCCUGGGUGCAGACGUCACUCGGCUCACCACCUCUGCCGCACCGGCUUCUUGCCAUUUGCGACAUCAGUGCCGACCCCGGAGGUUCGAUCGAGUUUAUGAACGAAUGCACCACCAUCGACAAUCCGUUUUGCCUUUACGACGCCGAACAGCACAAGGACACCAACAGUUUCAAAGGCCCUGGAAUUUUGGUCUGCUCCAUCGACAACAUGCCGACGCAGUUGCCCCGUGAAGCCACCGACUUUUUCGGCGAUUUGUUGCUGCCACACGUGUUUGACGUUUUACAGUCGGACGCCACGAAACCCUUCGAGGAGCACAAAUUCACCAACGUCAUUGAAGGUGCCGUCAUCACCAGCAACGGCAAACUCACCAAAAAUUUUGAGUACAUCCAGGACCUGAGGAACCAGCGAAACUUGGCAAAACACCGCAUUCUCGGGGAUUACGACGCUCAGACUAAGCGAGUGCUUUUGCUGGGCGCUGGCUACGUCUCGGCUCCUGUUGUCGAGUAUUUAACGAGGUCCAACGACGUUGUCGUCCAUGUUGCAUCCGCACUGAGAGACGAAGCAGACACUUUGGCUCGUCGUUUCCCCCGCACCGAGCCCGUCCUUUUGAACGUCCAGGAGCGACCUGAUUUGCUGCAGGAGCUGAUCGGCAAAGCCGACGUGGUCGUCUCGCUUUUGCCCUAUGCCCUGCAUCCGCUUGUGGCCGAGCAGUGCAUCGCCUCCAAGACCAACAUGGUGACGGCCAGCUAUCUCUCGCCGGCGAUGAAGGAGUUGCACCAACGGGCCGUCGAGGCCGGAGUGUCAAUCGUCAACGAAGUAGGCCUCGACCCGGGCAUCGACCACUUGCUGGCUAUGGAGUGUUUCGAAGAAGUUCACCAGGGCGGAGGCAAAGUCAAAUCAUUCGUUUCGUAUUGCGGCGGACUCCCGGCUCCAGAAUGCUCCGACAAUCCGCUUCGCUAUCGGUUCUCUUGGAGUCCACGCGGGGCUCUACUCAACACUGUGUCCAGCGGCCGUUUCCUCAAGGACGGCAAGGUUGUCGAGAUUCCGGCCGGAGGUGCACUACUUGAAAAGGCUGAAAAGUUGGACUUUUUGCCCGGUUUUGCCUUUGAAGGUUUCGCCAAUCGCGACUCACUGGACUACGUUGACCAUUAUGGAAUUCCGGAAGCACGCACCGUCUUUAGAGGCACGAUCCGCUAUGCUGGAUACUCGGACCACAUCCUAGGUCUAAUCCAGCUUGGCCUCAUCAGCCAGGAACCUCACCCGUGUCUGCAUUCCGGUGGGCCAGACAUCACUUGGAGGCAGUUUAUGUGCAACCUGUUGGGCAUCACCGACUACAACAUCUUUUACGACAACCUGAAGAACCAAUUAUUUGAGCGGACCGGUCGCAAUGCCAGCCGCAUCAAGGCCAUUGAAGAUUUGGGAUUGCUUUCUGAGGAAUUGGUCGUUAAGUACGGCAAUCCCAUUGAUACCAUUAGUCAAUAUUUGGCAAAGCGAUUGGCGUUGGGCCCAGCUGAUCGCGAUCUCGUGGUUUUACGGCACGAAGUCGAAAUUUUGUGGCCGGAUCAACGCCACGAAUUACGGGGCAUUAAUUUGGUUUGUUACGGCCAAUCCAGCAGCGCAGGCUACUCUGCAAUGGCCCGCACCGUCGGUUACCCAGCUGCCAUUGCCACCAAAAUGUUGCUGGAUGGUGAAAUUCAACGCAAGGGCAUGGUCUUGCCCUUCAUCCAGGAUAUUUACAGGCCAAUGCUGAAACGCCUCAAGGCCGAAGGCAUUGUGGCCGAAGAAAAUGACUCUAUAAACCAAAUAAAUGUGGAACUUGUGCAGUUGUUCUUGGAUGCCCAAUCUCUCAUGGGAUCUAACAGUUCUCUUAGUCUAGCUAGCAAAACUUCUGUAAAGAAAACCUCCAAGGCAAUUAAAGACGUGACGGCCUUGGCGGACUUGAUUGAUGCCCUCCCGCAAACUCAUCUCAAUCUUUGCACUCUAACGCAGCCUGCUCUGAAAAAUGACGAAUUCAUCCGCCUCCAGAAAACGAGGCUUCGCUGGUGGAAAUCUUAUCUUCAACAGCCCGUUCUUCUCAACACGACGGGCAGCGCAUCUUUAGACGAAACGUUCGUGGAACAGAAGAUUGAAUUCGGCUCCCCAGCUCUGGGAUCGGAACCUUUUGAAGUCUUAAAACUCUACAAUCCCGCUGUGUUCGCUGAUUUGCAGUUGAAUGAGGAGACGAAAAAGUCAUUGAUGGUCAAGUUUCAGCGGAAAUCUUCUUGGCCGUGUUUGGUUACGUCCCAGGUGAAAUUGGAGUUGGCCGUUUGUUUCUUUCUUACAGACGCUUAUUUCACCCGAAAUAAGGCAUCCGUGUUAUCGCUGCAUAAGGCUCUAGCUCCGUAUGCUGUGGGCAUUGUUGUUGAAGGCUCCCCUACACGAAUGGCCGAAUUAGAGGAUCUUCGCCGCUUAAUGAGUCUCGAAUUCAAACAGUCAAGAAUUCCGGUCUUGCCAUUAAAUGCUCCUUGGACGACGGCUCAAUGCGACGCUAGAGGAAUGCCUUAUUUAAUAUUUCUGUCAGAUUCGACUCUUGAGCAAGGGAUAUGCGGUCUUCGUAGCAGAGACAACACACUGCAGGAACAGGUGCACGUAAGCAAUAUAGUAGAAAGACUAAAAAAAUUUCUGGUCUGAUCAUAACUUCACAAUAGUGCUGAAUACAAAUAGAAGCAGAAAUGGA